AUGACGCCAUCGAACAUUAAUACAGAUUCGGUCGAUCUGGCACCAACAAUAAAUAAUGUACCAGAAUCGUCUCCAAUCAGCAAUACAUCACCGAAUAUAGACGAAAAGAAGCAAGAUGUAGCUACAGAAGAAUUUAAAAGUAAUGAAGACAGUAUGAUGCCGCCAUCGAAUGUGAAUAUUGAUUCUGUUGAUCUACACUCGACACCAACAAUAAGUAAUGUACCAGAAUCUUCUCCAAUCAGUGAUGUGUUAUCAAACGCAGAUGAAAAAACGCAAGAUGCGAUCGCAGAACAAUAUAAAAACGAAGAUAGCACAAUGACGCCACCGAACAUUAAUACAGAUUCGGUUGAUCUGGCACCAACAAUAAGUAAUGUACCAGAAUCGUCUCCAAUCAGCGAUGCUUCACCAAAUAUAGACGAAAAGAAGCAAAAUGCAGCUACAGAACAAUUUAAAAAUAAUGAAGACAGUAUGAUGCCGCCAUCGAAUGUGAAUAUUGAUUCAGUUGAUCUACACUCAACACCAACAAUAAGUAAUGUACCAGAAUCUUCUCCAAUCAGUGACGUGUUAUCGAACGUAGAUGAAAAAACGCAAGAUGCGAUCGCAGAACAAUAUGAAAACGAAGAUAGCACAAUGACACCAUCGAACAUUAAUACAGAUUCGGUCGAUCUGGCACCAACAAUAAGUAAUGUACCAGAAUCUUCUCCAAUCAGUGAUGUGUUAUCGAACGUAGAUGAAAAAACGCAAGAUGCGAUCGCAGAACAAUAUGAAAACGAAGAUAGUACAAUGACGCCAUCAAACAUUAAUACAGAUUCGGUUGAUCUGGCACCAACAAUAAGUAAUGUACCAGAAUCUUCUCCAAUCAGCGAUGCUUCACCGAAUAUAGACGAAAAGAAGCAAGAUGCAGCUACAGAACAAUUUAAAAAUAAUGAAGACAGUGUGAUGCCGCCAUCGAAUGUGAAUAUUGAUUCAGUUAAUCUACACUCGACACCAACAAUAAGUAAUGUACCAGAAUCCUCUCCAAUCAGCGAUGCUUCACCGAAUAUAGACGAAAAGAAGCAAGAUGCAGCUACAGAACAAUUUAAAAAUAAUGAAGACAGUAUGAUGCCGCCAUCGAAUGUGAAUAUUGAUUCAGUUGAUCUACGCUCAGCACCAACAAUAAGUAAUGUACCAGAAUCUUCUCCAAUCAGUGAUGUGUUAUCAAACGUAGAUGAAAAAACGCAACAUGCGAUCGCAGAACAAUAUGAAAACGAAGAUAGUACAAUGACGCCAUCGAACAUUAAUACAGAUUCGGUUGAUCUGGCACCAACAAUAAGUAAUGUACCAGAAUCUUCUCCAAUCAGCGAUGCUUCACUGAAUAUAGACGAAAAGAAGCAAGAUGCAGCUACAGAACAAUUUAAAAAUAAUGAAGACAGUGUGAUGCCGCCAUCGAAUGUGAAUAUUGAUUCAGUUAAUCUACACUCGACACCAACAAUAAGUAAUGUACCAGAAUCCUCUCCAAUCAGCGAUGCUUCACUGAAUAUAGACGAAAAGAAGCAAGAUGCAGCUACAGAACAAUUUAAAAAUAAUGAAGACAGUGUGAUGCCGCCAUCGAAUGUGAAUAUUGAUUCAGUUGAUCUACGCUUAGCACCAACAAUAAGUAAUGUACCAGAAUCUUCUCCAAUCAGUGAUGUGUUAUCAAACGUAGAUGAAAAAACGCAAGAUGCGAUCGCAGAACAAUAUGAAAACGAAGAUAGUACAAUAACGCCAUCGAACAUUAAUACAGAUUCGGUUGAUCUGGCACCAACAAUAAGUAAUGUACCAGAAUCUUCUCCAAUUAGCGAUGCUUCACCGAAUAUAGACGAAAAGAAGCAAGAUGCAACUACAGAACAAUUUAAAAAUAAUGAAGGCAGUAUAAUGCCGCCGUCAACUUUUAACACAGAUUCUGUUGAUUAGUAUACAGCACUAACAGUAACUGAUGUACUAGAAUCUUCUCCAACUGGUGACGUACCACUGAAUAUAGAUGAAAAAAUAUAA